AUGAGGACAAAGAAAAUCGGGUCAGCUGACUUUGGCAAAGACGCCGCGGCUGGAUCCGAUUUACAGAGAGCGGUCAGUUUCGUACCGGCAUGCUUGAAGGAAGAGUUACUGUGCAAAUUUUCGGAGCCAGUUAGGGACUGUUGUCAUAAAGUGACGAUCGUAGGGGCCGGUAUGGUCGGCGUAGCUUGCGCGAACGCUAUUCUAUUUCAGAAAAUCACUCCCCACCUCGCGAUGGUUGAUGCAUUCCCGAAGAAGUUGGAAGGGGAGGGAAUGGAUUAUAGCCACGGGUCAGUGUUCAUAGGAGAUCCACGUAUCGAUUACGACACAGACUUCUGUAUCUCAAGCAAUUCGAGGGUGGUCAUCAUAGCGGCUGGCGUGCGGCAAAUAAAGGGUGAAACUCGGCUGGACCUGGUGCAACGAAAUUCGGAGAUACUGAAGAACAUAAUACCGACUCUGGUUGGCUACAGUCCGAACGCGGUGUUCCUGAUCGUCAGUAACCCAGUUGACAUUUUGUCGUGGGUAACGUGGAAAGUGAGCGGAUUACCGGUCAGUCAAGUUAUCGGAAGUGGAACUCACCUCGAUUCAGGGAGGUUUCGUUACCUGAUCGCGGAUCGUCUAGGAAUAGCGCCGAGUUCGGUUCACGGUUACAUUAUCGGCGAGCACGGGGACAGUCAGGUUCCACUCUGGUCCGGAGUGAACGUCGCGGGCGUACAAUUUCGCGAUAUCCUACCGAAUAUUGGGCUGGAAACCGACGAAGAAAGAUGGUACGAAAUCUCCAAAGAAGUCGUCAGACUAGGACCAACAGUGAGGUGUUUAAAAGGCUAUUCCAACACUGCCGUCGGUCUUUCGGUUGCUGACAUUGUGGAUGCUAUACUCAAAAACACACAAAGGGUUAUACCGGUUUCAACCUUAAUUCAAGGUCACCACGAAGUCUGCCACGAGACGUUUUUGUCUCUGCCUUGUACCAUUGGGGAGAACGGUGUUACCAACAUCGUGCGGAUGCGCGUCACAGAGUUCGAGAAGAAAUUGUUCCAGGCAUCGGCGAACACCGUGUUCAACGUGCAAAAGGACGUGAAAACGUGA